AUGGAUCUUGCCCCGGUGGUCGAAGCACUUCAAGCAACGCUUGUGCCUCAUAUGCGCAAGCAAGCUGAAGACAAACUUGCCGAGUUUUGGAAAACAUCAGGUUUCAUCCCAUGUCUCAUGCAAAUCAUUCUCAGUGAGCAAUGCGACAUGGGCGCUCGUCAAGCUGGAGCUAUUCUACUGAAAAAUCACAUUAAUGCCUAUUGGUCCGAUGGCACUGAUUCUCCUUCAACAACCGACCCCGAUAUUCUUGCAUUAGCUGAUGCAGUGAAUGUGAGUGUACCAAAAGUUAAUGGUGAUACCACCAAAUCUUCAGCUAUUUCUGAUGCUGAUAAAGAUUACUUAAGAAAUGUUCUGAUCGAUGCUAUCAUACGCACAAAAGAUCCGCUUAAAUGUCAAUUGAUUACAACAGCAGGUACAAUGAUAAAGAACGAUUUUCCAUCUAAAUGGCCACAAUUCAUGAAUCAAGUUCAUACAUGUCUAUCAAGUGAUAACACUGAAACAUGGACAAGUGUUCUCUUAGUUUUCUACAUACUUGUUCAAUAUUAUGAAUAUAAGAAAGUUGAAGAUCGUAGUCCAAUGGAUGAUGUGAUGGUUGUUCUUAUGCCACUCCUUCAUCAACGAUUCAUGCAAUUAUUCACUCAUAAUGACUCCGAUCAAUCAGCACUUAUACAAAAACAAAUCUUGAAAAUCUUUCAUGCUUAUACUCAGCUUCAUCUAAGCUUCCGAGUACUACCAACACAAACAAUGGCAUCGUGGCUAGAUACAUGUUGCAUGGUACUUGAAAGACGCUUGCCUGAACGUCUCGAUGCGCUUGAUGAAGAUGAUCGCGCUGAUCAUCCAUGGUGGAAAUGUAAAAAAUGGGCGUUACAUAUUCUCAUUCGAACAUUCGAACGACACGGAUCACCAGCUAAUUUACCAAAAGGAUCAGCAGCUGAUCGUGUGGAGUUUGCUAAUUUCUAUCUGAAAGGUUUCUCUGCUAAGAUUAUCACACUUGUUUUCAAUACUCUUGAAGCAUACAGACAAAAAGUGUAUGUGUCACCACGUGUUGUACAACUCUGUUUGAACUAUUUACGAGAAAGUGUUCGACAUGCAUUUUCGUGGAAAAUUGUUCAAAAUAAUAUCGUUGUUUUGAUACAAGAUAUCAUCUAUCCAUUACUAUGUAUCAACGAUGAUGAUAUCGAGUUAUUCAAUGAUGAACCUGUUGAAUUCGUUCGUGCACGUCUUGAUAUCUUAGAUGAAUACAUCAGUCCAGUCUCGGCUGCUGAAUUGUUUCUUUCGGAUGCUGUCGCUAAACGAAAAGACGUGUUAAUGAAAACCGUUGCUUUCCUCGGAACCGUGAUUCAUAAUGAUACGAUCAGUCCAAAACAAAAGGAUGGUGUUCUACAUAUGUUAGGCGUUAUUGGUAAUGUUCUCAUUAAGAAGAAAACAUUUGCUGGUCAAUUAGAAAACAUUAUUGUGCAAUAUCUAUUUCCGGAAUUACAAAGUCCAACACCGUAUCUUCGUGCACGUGCUUGCUAUGCCUUACGAAAUUUUUCGAAAUUGGAAUUUACGAAUUCGGAGAACUCAUCACGUUGUCUCACACAUUUGAUUCAUUGUUUAUGUAAUGACACGUCAUUACCCGUACAAAUCGAAGCAGCAAUGGCAUUGAACUUGUUCAUGUCGGACACAGACGCCGGUGAAAAAGGAAAAGCAAUUAUUGUUCCACAUUUACAAGUCAUCGUUAUGCGUAUUAUUGAAAUCAUACGAAAAACUGAGAUCGAUGAUGUGAUGAUCGUCCUGCAGAAGAUUGUCGGCUUGUAUGAUCAAGAAUUACAGCCAAUAGCCGUUCAAAUGACAGCACAAUUGGUUGAAUUCUUCAAGCAUGUCAUCUGUUCGGAAAGUUCAGCAAGUGAUGAAACAAAAGUCGAAGAAAGAACAGUAGCAGCUAUGGGAGUUUUAAAUACAUUGGAUACAAUUGUUAGUUGUAUGGGAGAAAAACCAGAAAUAUUAGCACAAAUUGAACAACUUAUCUAUGAAGCAAUUGUUGUGGUACUACGAGAUGGUAUUCUCGAUUUCUAUGAAGAAAUAUUAACUUUGGUUGAUACAUUAACAAUCAAUACGGUGAGUCCAUUAAUGUGGCAAGUGUUUUACUUAAUCAAAGAAGCAUUCUAUCGAGAUGCUGCUGAUUAUUUUGCUGAAAUUAUGAAUUGUUUACACAAUUAUAUUGUCAAUGAUACACCAUCAUUCUUAUCACAACCCGAUCGACUUGAAAUCAUUUUGGAAAUGUGCAAACAUGUCAUAGUCAAUGAUCUCGGUGAAGAUUCCGAAGCUCAUGCUGCUAAAUUAAUUGAAGUGAUUAUUCUUCAAUGCCAAGACAAUAUGAGUAUUGCCUUACCUGCUAUUGUUCAAAUGAUAGCUAAACGUUUCGAACGUGAAGUAAUCACCAGUGAAUUACGUUUAAUGUUAAUUCAAGUGUUUAUUGUUAUCCUAUGGCUCAAUCCAGACAGAUUCUUUCAAACAUUGAACACAGUUGCUGCAAGUGAUCCAAGUACGCAGAAGAUCAUUGGUAACUUUUUCAAUCAAUGGAUGACUGAUUGUCGUCUAUUUGCUGGUGUACAUGAUCGACGUGUUUGCGCACUUGGUCUUUGCACACUUCUUCGUAUCAAUGCAAGCUAUUAUCCAGCAAUAUCGGAGGUUGUACCGAAGAUACUUCCAAAUUGCAUCCAAAUCUAUGAAGGUUUGAUGAAAACGUAUCAACACAAUGAAGAAGAUGAUAGCGAUGAUGAUAGCGACGAUGAUGAUGAUGAUUCGGUUGCUAGUGAAAUCGAAGAUGGGGAAGAUGAAACAAUUGAGCAUGAAGAUGAUUAUUUAGCAAAAUUCAAAGGAAAAGUACCUGAUCAUGAAAUGUCCGGUGAUGGUCUUGAUGAAGAUGAUGAUGACGACGACGAUGAAGGCAGUGAUUUUGAUAUAGAUGAAACAGAUCUUGAAUCCUAUUCAACUGUUCUCGAAGUAAAUGAAGAUAUAGAUGAAUUUCAAAUCUUCUGCGAAAGUUUACAAAAACUUCAAGCAGAUACAACUGGUUAUAAUCAAGCAUUAUUACAAGUUUUAACUGCUGAACAACGCACACAAGUACAAAACAUCAUUCACUAUGCUGAAAAACGAAAACAAGAGAAAGAAUCCAAUAAAAUUCGUGAUGCCGGUGGUUAUAAUUUCUCACAAUCAGCCGCUUCUGGCCAACCGACGAAUUUCAACUUCGCAUCCAAUGAUCCAUUAAUCAACAUUCUACAAAAUCAGAAAUGA